AUGUUUUUCUCUUCUGGUUUCCCCUUUGAUUCUAUGGGCGGGCAACAAACCCGUAGGAAAAGAGAAGUGAACAAUUCAAAAUAUUACGAAGUUUUGAAUUUAAAAAAAAACUGCACCACUGAUGAAGUAAAAAAAGCGUACAGAAAAUUAGCUAUAAUACAUCACCCAGAUAAGGGAGGAGACCCAGAGAAAUUUAAGGAGAUCUCGAGAGCAUACGAAGUUCUGUCUGAUGAGGAAAAAAGGAAAUUGUACGACGAAUACGGAGAGGAAGGUCUCGAAAAUGGAGAACAGCCAACCGAAGCAACCGAUCUGUUUGACUUCAUACUGAAUGCAGGAAAGGGGAAGAAAAAGAGAGGAGAAGAUAUUGUAAGUGAAGUGAAGGUAACUCUGGAGCAGUUAUACAACGGAGCAACGAAGAAAUUAGCCAUAAGUAAAGAUGUUAUAUGUGCUAAUUGUGAAGGUCAUGGUGGACCAAAGGAUGCCAAAGUGGAUUGCAAACAAUGUAACGGAAGAGGAACAAAGACGUACAUGAGAUAUCACUCCAGUGUACUACACCAGACGGAGGUAACCUGCAAUGGCUGUAGAGGAAAGGGAAAAAUAUUUAACGAAAAGGAUAAAUGUGCAAAUUGUAAAGGAGGAUGCGUUUUAAAGACAAGAAAAAUUAUCGAAGUGUAUAUUCCAAAGGGAGCCCCCAAUAAACAUAAAAUUGUAUUCAAUGGGGAAGCGGACGAAAAACCAAAUGUAAUUACAGGAAAUCUUGUGGUCAUACUGAAUGAGAAGCCGCAUCAGUUAUUCAGAAGAGAAGGAGUUGACUUAUUUAUCUCACAUAAAAUUUCCUUGUAUGAAUCGUUAACCGGUUUUGUUGCAGAGAUUGUGCACUUAGAUGAAAGGAAAAUUCUAGUCGACUGUACAAACUCUGGAUUUGUGAGACAUGGAGACAUUAGGGAAAUAGCGGAAGAGGGAAUGCCAACAUAUAAGGAUCCAUUUAAAAAGGGAAACCUAUACAUUACCUUUGAAGUGGAAUACCCCAUGGAUUUAAUUAUAACAAAUGAGAAGAAGGAAAUUUUGAAAAUUUUGAAGAAGCAAAAUGAAAUUGAGAAGAAGUACGAUUUGGAAAAUAGUGAAUGUGAAGUCGUUACAUGCCAGACGGUAGACAAGGAAUAUUUGAAACAGAGACUCAGCAAGCAGCAGCAGCAGGAUGCCUACGAUGACGAAGACCAUCAGCCCGAGAUGGAGGGUCAGAGAGUGGCCUGCGCGCAACAGUGA